GUCCUGAACCUCUCCGCCUCGCCAGCCGCCAUUACUUCCGGCUCGGUGCCGUGACGCAAGGCCGCGCUGACGCUCCGGGGUCACGCUCGCCGUGACCGCGCACCCGGAAGCGAGGUGCGGCUGCCGGUGUCGCUCCCGCUCCCGUCAUGUGAAACGGCAGGACAGACUCCCCCAGGUGCGCGGGCGCUGCCGGCGGGAGCCUCCGGGGUCACCGCGAGGGGUCCAGGCCCGCGUCCCCCCAGAGGAGCCCGGUGGCGAUGGAGCCCACGGCCUCGCAGGUCUUCUGCGGGCGGGUGCUGGGCAUGGUCAACGCUGAGGACGUCAACGCCAUCAUCCUGGCUCAGAAAAAUAUGCUGGAUCGAUUCGAGAAGACCAACGAGAUGCUGCUCAACUUCAACAACCUCUCCAGUGUCCGCAUGCAGCAGAUGAGUGAACGCUUCCUGCACCACACCAAGACGCUGGUGGAAAUGAAGAAGGAUCUGGACAGCAUCUUCCGGAGGAUCCGGACGCUGAAAGGAAAGCUGGCAAAGCAGUACCCAGAGGCUUUCAGCAACAUCCACGAAUCUCCCAUCCUGGAGGACGACGACGACUUCGACCCCGUCCCCAAGAGCACCACCACCACCAUCGCUACCUCUGAGCAGAGCACGGAGUCCUGUGACACCAGCCCCGACAUCAUCUCCCCCACCACCAGCCAGGACUUUGAGGAUUUAUCCCAAGGCCACUACGAUUUGCCGGCCGCCAACGGACAGAGCCUGACGGGUGGCACGGCCGAGGGCCUGGACUAGGUGUGCAGCCCUGCAGAACUUUCUAUCCUCUAUUUAUAGUUGUGUGCUUCUUUUUUUCUCUGGGGGGUGGGGGAGAGAGGAGCCAGGGCCGAGGGCGGCAGAGGUCCUUCUGCCUCUCAGCUGCCACUGUGGUGUAAGCCCUGCCGCUCGCUCCGGGGCGAGUAAGUAAAACCUGGGUUUGAAACACUUCUUGUCC